AUGUUUUCAACAAAUGAGCGUUUCAGCAAAGUUAGUUGUCGAGACGAGCAAUAUGAGACUACAACCCUCGACGUCCAUCAUCCUCAUAAACUUAUUUUGCAACUUCGGAUUUCUCCUGAUCGUGAUCGUCCGCCAACCAAGGAUAUAUCGAUUAGUUUGCUCAACGUAGUGUCCAAACUAGGGUCGAAUCAAUCCAACUGCAUACAAGUAGAUAGUGUUAAUCGGGAUCCAAGUAGAAAUAGCUGGACUGCCAUUGUGAAUGUCCAUGUUACUGCUGAGACUCCGCCAAGCUGUGAUAUGUUUGGUGAUCGCACUCCCCAAAUUAGUUUCGCAUGUGAGUCCCUUGCAUCUCAAGGCAAUGAAGACGAUAGGAGGUUCAAACUGGAUUACAGUGAUGAUCUCAACAGUCAGCUCAUGGAUCCAUUGGACAAUAUUGAAGCCCAACUAUUUAUCCAUUGGUACUUGAAUGAGCAGCUCAUGGGUUGCCCCGUCAUUCAGUAUAACCUCACCAAACAUCACUUCAAUAAAGCGGCUGUAAUCACUGGUCCCAUACCGGAGACGUUCUGUCAAGAGGUGAUGAAGUUCGCAAGAGAUAAAUUUAACACCGCAAUACUAACAUUUUUAAUCCCAAAAUAAUCUUGCUG